CAGUUGUUAACAUUUCCCCAAAGGGCCAAACAGACUGAAGUCCACAGUAAACACACAGUAACCGCCCAUCUGGCUGAGCUAACAUCUGGGUCAGAGCGUCCAAUGAGAGGCGGCCGCUAAACUCGACCGGACCAACCAGAAGCGAGGAUCUGAUUUUUAACACGUCGCCUCGACUCUGAGGAUAACUUAGAGAAGAAACAGAUUGAUUUCGGCCCCCUACCUCUGUCAUACAAAGAGUCCACAUGGCUGCGGCUGACGGGUUGCCGAAAUGGGAGAGAAAAGCGCGCGUAUUUUUGUGCCUUUUCGGUUUGGUUUUGUCCGUUUACGCGCUUCACGUGGAGCUGUCCCGAGAACACGACCCAGACUACAGAGCGAUGUGCGACCUGGGGGAGUCUGUGAGCUGCUCUAAAGUCUUCACGUCCAGAUGGGGACGUGGUUUUGGUUUGGUCCAGUUGUUUGUGGCCCAAGAUAACCCUUUGAACCAGCCCAACAGCGUGCUUGGCAUCCUGUUUUACACUCUGCAGAUGGGCCUCGGAUUGUCUCUGACUAAAAAAGCAGCAGUGUUUCUGGUCUUCGCCUCCUGGGUGUCUGUGGCCGGUUCACUCUAUCUUGCGUCUAUUCUCGCCUUCGUUCUGGGGGAUUUCUGCAUGGUCUGCGUGUCAACAUACAUUAUCAACUUUGCGUUGCUCUACACCAACCUGAAACGAAGGGGAGCCAUCGAAGGGAUGAAGGAAAAGGCUGGAUAGAAAGUGUUACUUGUGAAAUGUAACACCUUCUUUUCUUUUUUUUUUUUUCCCUCCCACCUGCUAACCUGAAGCCACACUGGAUCUGAAAAGCAAAUUCUCUCCCACAGUGUUUCUGCAGCGUUUACAAAUGUUUAGUUAUAUUCAGAGAAAAAUGACGGGACAUUCAUCUCAGAAGCUCUAGAGGAGGAUUUUCAGUAGAGAAACGGCAUAAACAGAUAAAACAGCAGUUAUUUUUGUAUGUCACUGUGCAUUUGUGAUGCUGAUUACACAGUUUUUGAACACUA